AUGCCCAUCGUGUCGGUUCCCACUGCCAAGGCCCGUGCCAUUCAGCAAGAUAUCGACAAGGUCCUAGAGUCCGGCCGGAUAACCCUUCAGGCUGCUCGACGCCUGACUGGCCGUUUGCUGUGGUUCGGUCGGACCCUUCGAGCAGACCUUUCUCUUUGGAGGGUUGGCAUCUCUGAGCUGCAUGUCACCCUUCUUGCCACAGCCAGUGGGGUCGUGUGGACAGGCGCGUCCGACGCCUCACUACCUGGACUUGGAGGCUGGGCUAGAGUGAAGAGCUCAGCCGACGAUAGAGCCACCAUCCUAUACUUCCACGCUACCCUAGCCGACAUUCCACCAGAGUGGUACCAAGUAAUCUUCCAGGACCGUCGAGCCCCGGAACCGGCCGACGUCGCAGCGCUGGAGUUAUUGGCAUCUGGCCUGUUGGUGUGCAUGGUGGUCUCGAGGAUGAUCUACACCAAUAAGCUUGUUUUAUUUUCUGACAACUCGUCGUGUAUUCGAGCUCUGGAGAGAUGCUUCUCCUCCACCUCCCGCGGCGCCCAUAUCUUAAGGAGCCUCGCGCUGGUACUAUCUUCUCUGCCUUUCUGUCCUCGCAUUGAGCCCGUUCACCUGCCCGGGAAAUCGAACAUACUCGCCGACGCCGUGAGUCGCCACCUCCCAACCGCUAUCGAUCGCAUCGCGACUCUCGUCCCUGUCGACGAGCUGUUCCGUACCUUCGAUAUCUCGGAACUCUCGUCUGACACUUGA